AUGGCAUCGGUGUACUCCACCCUAACCUAUUGGCUUGUGAACCACCCUAACAUUGCCAAUUUUACCUGGACCGAAGGUGAAACCCUUGGCUCCACCGUCUUCUUCCUAUCCGUUGUAGUCUCCAUUUACAUCUCUGCCACAUUCAUCCUCCGAAAUGUCAUGGCUUCACUCCCCUCACUCGGUCCCCGUAUUCUCAAACCAAUCACAGCCAUCCACAGCCUCAUCCUCUGCCUUCUCUCCCUAAUCAUGGCUGUUGGUUGCACUCUCUCCAUAACCUCAGCCCCAACGACACGUUUCUUCCACGCUACUUGUUUCCCAGUCGAUAUUGAACCUAAAGGACCCGUUUUCUUCUGGGCUCAAGUCUUCUACCUCUCCAAGAUCCUUGAGUUUGGAGACACACUCCUCAUCAUACUCGGCAAAUCAUUCAGACGACUCUCGUUCCUCCACGUGUACCACCACGCGACUGUGUUGAUCAUGUGUUUCAUCUGGCUCCGAACCCGACAGUCCAUGUUUCCGGUCGGGGUCGUGACGAAUUCGAUGGUCCACGUCCUUAUGUACGGUUACUACUUCAUGUGCGCCGUAGGUUGUAGGCCAAGGUGGAAGAGGCUGGUGACGGAUUUUCAGCUUGUGCAGUUUGUUUUCGGCUUUGGAAUAUUGGCUUUGAUGUUAUCACAGCAUUUUUAUGGAUCGGGUUGCUCCGGGAUUUGGGGAAGUUAUUUUACAGCUGCGUUUAAUGCUUCUCUCUUGGCUCUCUUCUUCAACUUCCGUUCCAAGAACUAUGUGAAGAAGACAACCGAGAUGAUUAAUAAAUUGGCUUGA